CACAAAAGUAGGGUACGUUCCCUAUUUUCUAGUUAGUGUUUGUUUGAUGACUUGUGGGGCUCAGAGUCAGUUAUUUAAUCAUCUUGACAUCGAAUUUGUUGUUGAUGGUUCUGGGUUUGACUCAGACAUAAAAUGAUGAUGAAUGAUAGUAUUGAUGAUCUCCCAGAGCUUUUAUUGGUUGAAAUCAUUUGUCGACUUUCUUGUAUUAAGUUUGUUUUUCAAUGCAAGUGUGUGUCCAAGCGUUGGUGUGAACUCAUCUCUAGUUCUCAUUUUGUUGGGCAAUACGUACGUCGCCAACGUGAUUUGAAAAAGCCCAUUUUAGGUACAUUAGUUGUAGACAAUGGAACAUUCUUUCAUGUGGAAAACGAGGAUGGUCUGAUGAGUUUGCAGCUACCCGUUAUUUCAGAAGCCGCAGAACAAAAAUUAUUUGUGGUAGGGGCGUGCAACGACUUAGUUUUGUGCUGCCCAAGCAAACUUGAUCACCGUGAAUAUUACAUUUGCAAUCCAUACACCAAGAAAUGGGUUGCUCUUCCUCCCCCUCCUCGAAUCCAUAAUUACGUAUCCGUAGGGUUCAUUUGUGAUCCCUACUACAACUACAACUCAUCCUCCUCCUUUGAUAAUGAUGUUUGCAUUAAUGCUGAAUAUAGGUGGAGGGUUGUGAGAUUACGUCCAGAGUUCUAUGUGGACAUCUUCUUUUCUGAGACCGGUGAAUGGAGAGAGUCCGCUAAUGUGGUAUGCGGCUCACGAAAGUAUUUUGAUAUCGUAACUGCAGGCUUUGCUUGCAAUGGGAAGUUGUAUUUUUCAGGUUCCGAUACCCAUACAUCCUCCUAUAUUCUGGAGUUGGAUCCCUUCCAAGGUAUCAGUAAUAUCAGUACUAGUAAUGGUGAUGGUGAUGGCGAUCGUAUUAUUGUUGACAAAUGUCGGUUCAGUCUGGCACCUCUUGAUAUGUCAUCUGACUUGCGGGGAUAUUCCAUUUCGAUGUAUCUGGUUCUUGGUGCAUGUCGAGGGCAUUUGCGGGUGAGCGAGUUUGUGCUUGGUAAUCAUUUGAGUGUCUGGGAGUUGGAUGCAGGCGAUGAUAAUUUGAAAUGGCGUUUGGUGGUCGACCAAGUUCCCUUCUCCAGAUGGAUUCUUCCAAGUUUGAAGAUCCUUUGAUGCCUCAAGAUCAUUUGAUGCCUCAAGAUGAGUGGUUAAAAUCUGCGUUAGGUUUCCACCCGAAUAUUGAGGCAAUCUACGUAGAUGCUAGGAAAAUUGUCAGGUGCAACUUUGGUGCAAGAAUGUUAGAGUUAGUUCCAGAGAUUCCAAGUCGGGGCCCGGAUUGGCAUCUCUUUUACAUCCACCCAUUUGUGCUCCCAUGGUGGCCCACACCCGUUCCUAGCCUCUAAACUACUCUACUAUAGCGAAAAGAACAAAGUCGCAGCUAGGUGAAGUACUCCCAAUUUCCAUAUAUGGCGUAAGCAAUCCUUACUUCUCCACUAUGGUCACCGAAAGUCUUCCCUAAUUUACUUCUAUUCCUGUACGGAACUACUUGAUGAGUGGAACGGACUCUAGUCAUGUCCAAGGUGUUCAUUAAAACUUUUCCUUUGUGUAUUUUCCUGUGUUAAUCCCAUCUUAGCGUAAAUCCUCCAGCCCAACAGGCCAACCCAAAUUUCCAGCCUAGUCCCCUUUCAGAGAAAUUGUAAUGAAGGUUGCCUAGCUAUUAGACGUUCAAAUUGACCCCCUCAACGUACCCUUUGUUAUAAAAGCUCAUAUUUUUUGUUCC